AUGCAGCAGCAGGGGCCAUUUGAGGCAAUGGAGGAGGGAACACAAAGGCAUGAAUUGAAGGAAUUGUUUGAGAAGGUCGAUCCGAAGAGCCUGAACAGAAGAUUUGUGGAUGAGGAGAUACAGAGGAUGAAGAAGAGAAGCAUGAUUGAGCCUGUAGAGAUUGCAAGGGCGAUACUGUAUCUUAUGGAUUUUCCGGAGAAGGAGUGGAACUUGAGUGAGAUAGUUGGAUCUAUUCGGAGCAAUCUUGAAGAGAUUAACUGGCGGGAAGUGUAUUCGUGUUUUCUUGAUCUGGGCUUGAGCGUGUGGAAGCAUGAAUCGCUUUAUCUGAUUAUUGAUUGCUGGAUGCAUGUGAGUGGGGCCAACACGAUGCCUUAUGAGAUAUUUUUUGGGAGAUGGAAGGAUGAGAAGGCACAGGUGAAUUUUCUGCGGCUGAUUAUCGAAGGGGACGAUAAGCGAUUGCAGCUGUAUUCGAAUGUGUUUUUCCGACGGAUAGUUACGCCCGAAGAGUCUCGGAACCAUCGGUUUAAGAAUGUGGUGGGGUAUGAGAGUACGUUUAAUUGCGUGGAGUUGUUUGAGUGCAUUGGGAUGCUUGAGUCUGUGGUGCUGGUUGAGCUGAUAGCGAGGAAGUCGCCUGAGUGGUGUGUGAUGGGGCUUGGAUACAUACAGCCGAUGUUUUUGAAGAUUUUUGACGAUCUUGUGCUAGGGUUUGCACGCGGGGCGCCGAAUAGCUUUGUGCUGCAUGUGUUGUUUAAGAACCAUGGGAGUCUAAUGCUGCAGAAGGCGGUGAUGCUGCAGAGGGAGGGAGUUGCGAUAUCGAAGAUACUGGAUGUGUUUCUUGAGAAUAAGAUGCUGCCCGUUGUUUCUGAACUGCUUGAGCCUGUGGAGCUUUGCUUUGACGUUAUUGUGCUGAGCUCUAUCAGAGACCACUUGAAUCUGACGAUAUGGCUAUCGAACAACCUGACGACGCGGAGGGAUGAGUUUGUGAAGGUGCUAGUGAAGUAUCUUGGGAUGAAGGUUGCAAGGCCCAGGGAGGCGGAGAAGAUGUUUCCGCUGACGGCAGAGAUAUUUGGGACAUUUAUGAGGAUAGUAGAGCAAUUUCUGAAGAUUCUGAAGCCGGAGACGGUGAUGAUGUACAAUGAGUUUAAGCAAGGGCUACCUCAGGGAUUGAGGAUGCAGAAGACAAGGGAUAUGAAGAUUGAAGAGGAGGCAAGCAAUUUUAUUUCGCAGAUAAUCAAUUCGCAGAGAGGGAUUGAGAGCAGCAUCUGCCAGAUCAAGGAGUUUUUGAAGGAGGAGGGAGUAAACAAGGAGCUUGCAUCGAAGAUUUUCUGUGCGCUGCUUGAGAACUACAGUUCGUUGUAUAAGCUUCCGAAUUCCGACUUGAUUGCGCAGCUGUAUGGAGGCCUGAUCAAGGAGGAGAUAUUUCCGAAGCCGUAUAGAAGGGUUGCUGUAGAGUAUACUAAGGGGUCGCUGAAGUAUCCUGAGAAUGAUCGAGAGUAUUCGUUUGGAUUUAAGUGCUUGGAGGUGUUUCUGCCGCAGCACCCGUCGGUUCUUGGGGAGAUUGAGGAGAUUGAGAGUGUGAGGAGCAAUUUGGUGAAGAAGGAGCUUGUGCUGAUUGAUUCUGAGAUUCAUCCUACGAUUGGGUUUGAUGAUGUAAUGAAGCUGGUGUUUAAGGAGAGAUGCAAGACGAAUGGAGGAGUGGGAGGGAUUGUUGAUGCGAUGGAGGAGAGGAGAAGGAAGGCAGAGCUUGGCAAGGAGUGGAUGGUUGGAAUGAUGGGGGAGCAUGAUGCUGAUGAGGAGCAGGUGGUGCAGGCAAUGAUGUGUGAGAUUGGAGGCAAGAGAAGGAAGGGGGUAGAAAGGAUGUUCUGUGAAGUGGCAGAGAGGAUGGGGAAUGAGUUUAUGAUGCAUUUUGUGAAGAGGGCGUUGGAAGUGGUGAAGAUUUUGCUGGACUACAGAUGUGAAGGGGAGAUAGAGAUAUCGAAGGUAGUUGGGGAGGUUCUUGGGAGGAUGCUGCUUGAGAGGAACCGAAUAGUGACGCUUGAGCAGUUUGAUUUCAAGAGGUUUGUUGUGAAGAGUGUUGAAUGUCGUCGGAUACUGUUUGGAGUUACGUUUGUGACCAGUUUUUUGAGGCAGGGAAGAGGAGGGCUUGUUUUCCGGCCGAUGAAUCCGUGGAUGAUGGGUAUAUUUGGGCUGCUGAGCGAGGUGUACAGCUGCACGCUGCGGCCGGUGCGAGAGGAGAUCCGGGGGCUGUUUGAGCAUUUUGGGGUUGAGCUGAGCCCGAAGCCAUUCAAGAGUUUUGGGCUGAGGUCGAAGAAAUAUUUGGCGGAGUAUGUGGUUGAAGAAGGGGAUCUUGUGAUGAGGCAUGUGUUGUUCCUUGCGCUUGACUUGAGUGUGCGAGAGAUAUCGCAGCCGAUAAUUGAGAAGGCGUGUUCUGUGGCGAUAAGGACGGGGAUGGAGUUGUUUAAGAGUACUGUGGUUGAGAAGGGGAGUGAGUAUGUGCUGUUCAGGAACAUGGUUGUGAAUCUUACUAGGUUUCUGUGCUUUGUGUCGGCGCAGGAGCCGAUGAAAGCGUGCAUAUCUGGGAAUGUUUCGUAUUUUAUGAAGCUGUGCUCGCUGGAGUUUUCGACGGAGAAGGUGUUUAAGAUAGCGACGGAGAAUCAGGAGGUGUGCUGUGAGCUGAUACAAAAGGCAGGGGUGUCGCGAGUCAAUGAAUCGAUCAAUGCAUGUUACAACGAGCUGGAGUAUAGUACGGGACGGCAACAGCAUGUGUGGUUUGAGCUGCUGCAGGAUCCUGGGCAUAUUGAGAAGGUUGUGAUCAAGCCUGUUGAGAACGGGGAGUAUCAAGAGAUCAAGACGCAUCUGGUGCAGCUGAGUAAGAAGAUUCCGUACUCGAAGAAGAAUGUGAUUGCGGAUGAAUGGCAUGGACUGGUGGGGGAAAACAGGGAGGCGGUGUUUAGUAGGAUAGUGAGGAGCAUUGAUGAGUGUGAAGACAAGGACGAGGAGUGCACGAGGCUGUGCAGGUACAUUACGGGGCACUUGAUCAAGAGCGGAAGCAAGGAUGAUUUUUUAUUUGAGUGUAUGGAGAAGAUGUUUAAGGUAUCGCACAAGACGCAGAAGGAGGUGAUAGGAUGGCUUAUUUAUUCGAACGACCCGCGGAAGUUCAGUGUGAAUCUUGUUAGCAAGUUUAUUGAGCACAACCUGAUCAAUGUUGUUGAGUAUGACCAGGCACUGUCCAAGAUUCCUAGCACAGAAGCGAAUCUUGACUUUGUGAUAAGUUUGCUGACGUCUCUGAUAACUGCGGAGGUGCAUGUGUGCACGGUGUAUGAUUUUAUCUGCACGCUUGAGAUGCUUGCGGGGCACAGUGACAAUGGGAAGGUUUUUGAUUUUUUCCAGAGGAUUGGAAACUUUAUGAUGCAUAUUGAUGGAAAGGGAGUGCCUGAGUAUGAAGAGUAUGUGAGGAUAAGCAGGUUUAGUGCGGUGCCUGAGCAGCACCUUCCUGAGUUUAUGGAGCGUGUUGGGUAUCCGGAAUCAUUGGAUGUGAGGUCUGCAUUUAAGGUAUCGUGGGAUCAUUUUAUCAGGUACAACCGGAUUCCGACGCUAUACUGCUAUCUGAAGAUUGAUCUGCUGCCUGUGCUUGUGAAGGGCAGACUUUAUGAAUGCCUGAAGGAGAGCCUUUGUGUUUUUGUUGAGGCGUAUCGGAAGAGGAAUUAUCUGUUUUUCAAGAUGUACACACGAUUUGUGCUGAAGAUGCUUGAUGAGGUUGAGGAGAAUGGAGUGAGCAGGAGCCUGGUGUAUUCGUUUCUUGAGGUGUUGUAUCCUUCGAAGGUGCCGGCAUUUACGUCAUUUUUUGUGGAGAUUGUGAACCACAGGUAUGUAUUGAGGUACUUUGAGUGUGAGGAAGGGCUAUGGAUUGCGAUGGAGAUGCUGAGAUGUGGAGUGUACAGUGGAAGGCUUGCGCAUCGUAUCAGCCAAGCGAUGAGUUUUUUGAAGACGGCCGGAUGGGUGAGGAUGUAUUCGUCGUAUCUGUCGUACAGUUGCCCACCGGAGUACCCGCAUCUGAAGAAUCUGAUAAAUGCAAGCAGGGACCGGGUGGUUGCGGUGGAGAACCAGAAUUCGUUUUUCAGGCUGCGAACGGCGCUGCAGAACAAGACGUCGGUGAAGCUGACUGAUCUUGGGAUAGGGAAGAAUCUGUGGAUGUACUUGAUUGACAACCUGAACGAGAUGGAUGAGAUAUCGAUGAUGGCGGUUGAGAGCAUUAAGUUUAUGGUGGAGAGGAAGAUGCAUGCCGAGGAGAUUCUGACGAUGCUUUGGAUUCGUAUCAAGGCCGGGGAUGUGCCUGAGGCGCUUUCUGCGUGCUACAAUGAGCUGCAGAUGCUUGACAGUAGCCGGGUGUUUUUAAGGGCUCUUGAGAGUCAUGGACAAUAA